AUGGAAACACCUCGGAUAGAAGCCUUUCUAUUCGACAUGGACGGUCUGUUACUAAACACAGAGGAUCUCAUCACCACCUGCAUCAACGUCAUCCUCCGCAACCACGGCAAACAGGACUUACCCUGGUCUGUAAAGGCACGGAUGCAAGGUCGCACGGCAGAGGAGAGCAACCACAUUCUUUUGAAUUGGGCACAGCUUCCUAUCGAUAAAGAUGAGUUCAAGGCACAAAUAAACGCGCUCCAUGGACGCAUAUUUCCGACUUCAGAACCCUUACCAGGAGUGCCCGCGUUACUACAGAAGCUAGAUUCACUCCCCAGCAAAAGCUUGGCAUUAGCGACCAGUUCGUCACAAGCCAAAUUCAUGUUGAAGACUGCGGGCUGUAAKGCCCUGUUCAGUUGCUUUCCCAACGACUGUCGGGUUAUGGGUGAUGACCCAAGAGUUGAAAACCACAAACCGGCACCUGACAUUUACAUUUGUGCACUUCGUUGUGUCAAUGACAAACGAGCAAGAGAGAAUAUCAAUCCCGACAUUCGUGCGGAGCAGUGCUUGGUCUUCGAGGACUCCAUCCAAGGAGUAGAUGCGGGAAGGCGUGCUGGAAUGCAAGUUGUGUGGUGUCCGCACCAAGGACUAUUACAUGAGCUUCUUCAAGGCGGUACCGAAAAUGACGAAGUUCGAGCGGACUUGCGAAGAGUCUUUAGCUUGGGAUCUGAUGCACAGCUACGCGGCCUCGAGGUUUCGCAGUUGGCAAGCCGUGUUCAUGAAUCAACUCAUGGUUGGGUCCGGUUGCUGACCACUUUGGAAGACUUUCCGUAUGUGCAGUACGGUCUGGAAGGAUGA